AUGCCACCGGUGAUUAUCGUUGGAUGUGGAAUCAGGGACGCGGCCAAGUAUGGGCGGGUAGGUCUGCACUUGUUGGACACGACAUUCUUCAGCCACGCAAGGUUUGACGCCCGUCUUCUCAAGCACGAACUCGGUGCCGACAGCGGCCACAGUGCAGUGCGAAGGACCCUGAAUCACUGCCAUUCAUUCUUCCAGAACGCGAGGAAUCUGGGAACACACGUCGCAUCUAAAUUUUACCACCGGCGGCGACACACGAGAGGAGAGGGAGGACACAUGGACAUGUCUAUGGGGGCCAUGUCCGCCAACGGGUGCCAGAGCGUGAUGGAAAGGGUGCUGACGCUGUUGGAGGCGCUGGAAGAGGAUGACGUCGAUUCCAAAGAUUUCGGCGUCUUCAGCUUGGCUACGCACUGGCACAACGGAGACACCCUGCACCCCGAGGAAUUCUUCGGACUGGUUGGCGAGACCACCUGCUUAAGACCGAGCGUCGGAAGAAUGAUGAUCCAGCUCCCGACAAUGGGAAAGCAGCCGGAGUCCGCCGUAGAAUCUUUGUCGGCAGUUUGCAUGGAACACGGCAUAGAGGGCGCACAAGUUGUGCGGUGCCAAGGUGUACUAUUCGACACAACACGCGAAGAAACCAGGCUGGCGUUUUUCGGGCUGCAUAAUGUUGACGCCAACGCCCAUCGGACCGCCCAGGACAUGCUGGCCAUCGCGCACGUCAUCGAGCUUAGAUUCACUCUGGACGCCAUGUGCCUCUAUGAGCUAGCUAACGAUCAUUGGACCACGAAAACGCUACAACGCGAGACGUUCCGACCGGUUAGCAUGACAAAAAUGUCCAAGGAGGGAGAAGUGUCUUCCAACAGGGACAUCAGGAGAAUGCUGGACGAGAGACCUCGCCGGCUCAGCGGGGGAUCGAACACCCCCUCCGAUGCCAGCAGCACGACCGAUGAAGACCGUGACGUUUAGUUCAUCCGAGUGGACAAGGGGCUGAAGAUGAAGACGAAGGAACUCGAGGGUGGAGGACGAACUCCGCCUCCCUAUCUCUGGCGCAUGGUUCGUGGCAGGCCCUGCCGCUGGCGCCGUACCUGCCACCGGUUCUUCUA